AUGGCCCAAAUCGGCAAGGUCGACGAAUUCAAGCCAGAAAAUGAGCCGUGGACUGCAUACGUCGAGCGGCUGGAACAGUUUUUCGAUGCUAACGACAUAGAUCAAGGGAAGAACUGGCUGAGAGAACUAAAGCUCAACUGGAAACUGAUCAAAUAUGUGACAGCGACAAAGCCACAUACCAUUCAGGACUUGCUGGACAAAUACUGUGACGUGUUCAAGGACGACUUGGGCACUCUCAAGGACAUUACAGCCUCCGGCAUCGUGAAGCCAGAGCACAGUGAGUGGGCAGCACCUAUGAUGCCAGUGCUGAAGAGAGACACAUCACUGCGCUUAUGUGGAGACUACAAAGUGUCAGUGAACCAAGCCAUUGAGACAGACACGUACCCGCUGCCACGCCUGGAGGAGCUGCUUUCGACCCUCAGUGGAGUGGUUGUCUACCUGGAUGACCUGUUAAUCACUGGACGCAAUAAAAUGGAGCACAAUGAUAACUUGGAAUAUGUUCUGCAACGUCUACAGGAAAAUGGGUUGCGAGUGAAACGUUCCAAGUGUGAGUUUGACAAAGAGCAGAUAGAAUACCUGGGACACGUGUUGGACGAGCACGGCAUACACCCAGCAAAAGACAAGACGUUCAAGACAGGAAUGAAAAAACUUGCCAGCCUGCCCUGUAGCAUCGAGGACAAACUGUCGCUGUUCUUGCUACAGUACCGGACCACCCCCAACUGCACAACAGGUCAGUCUCCAGCGGAUCUAUUUCUUCACAGACACGUCCGCACCCGGCUGGAUUUCUUGAAGCCUAACACCAAAGAGACUGUUCGUAAGAAGCAAUAUCAACAAAAAGAUCAACACGACUACUCAGCUGAGAACCGCACUUUUGAAAUGGAUGAGUAUGUGUAUCUGCGCAACACAGCGGGAGGAGCUCACAAGUGGAUUCCUGGACAAGUUGUGAGACAAACUGGUCCAGUAUCUUAUCAAGUCAAGGAGAGAGACUCUGACACGGUGCACAGACGUCAUGGGGACCAACUACGUGCCAGAGCAUCACCUGAACAGACCGAUAUAGACACCGAGACUUUUGAAGCAGAAAUGCAAAAUACCGGAAAUGACACACCAGUUGAGACGACUGUGGAUUCGCCUGUGCAACCAUCAGUUCCUCCAGAACCACCAUCAGUGACUGUGAGGCGCUCUGAGCGUGUUCGCAAUAAACCAAAUAGAUACCUUGAAUAG